CCGCACUCUGUGUCCCUCUGUCCCGUGUGCACGUAUGGAACGCACUCCGGGCCCAGUCCGCAGCGCACUGCACGCACCCCCCCCCCUUACCGCCCCCCGAUAGGCUAUUUAUAGGACGGCCCGGUCCUGCGGCGGCGAUCAGUCCUAGUUCAGGACUCGCGCGGCCUGGAGCGGCCUGGAGCUGCAAUCUGGUCGCCCCGAACUCGCAGAAUGACGCCCAUCAUCGCCGUGUUCAUGUCCAUGAUCUCCCUCCUGGCGCUGGUCGCAGACCGCGCCAACCUGCAGGAACAGACGCUGUCCGUGCAGGGCGAGGCCAUCCCGCUGCCCAGCGUGGACGACGGCGUGUCGAGGAACUUCCUGGACGUGGCCAAGCGCACCCUGCCCCUCAAGAUGACGCCCGCCAGGUCCAUCAACCUGCGCCGGGUGCCCCGGGCCGCGGCCGGUCCGGGCGCCGCCUCCGUGUACGUGCUGCGCUCCGGACCCGGGCCGGGACCCGGCGCCCCGCCCGGCGCACGCCGCCGCCGCGGCCUCGGUGACCACGACGCCGACGCCGUCCUCCUCCAGUCGCUGCUGCUGAGCGCGCUGCGGGAGCGCUACCUCCAGGGACAUCUGGCGGCGCCGUCGUCCGCCUCUUCCACCUCCGCGCCCGGAGCGCCCGGCAGAUGGUCGCCGAAGACGCCGCACGGCGCGCCCCAGCCGCCGCCCGCACCACAGCCGCGCGCCAACAGCCUGGGCGACCUGCGGGAGGACAUCAUGAUGCACGGCAGGGACCGCGACCAGCUGAGACGGCGCUGGAAGAUUGAGAGCGCCGGCAACAGAGUCGCCAGCGCUCAUCACGGGCUGGCACCACCGGCCAGGCCCGCGCGGCCCUAGCCGCGAGCAUCGCUCCCUCGCCUCGGCCGCCAACCCCCUGACGUGGGGAAGGACUAAGACUGCCACUGCCGCCCACCCUGCCGGGGCCUGGGCUGCGAGCUCCCGACGCCAAAGACUGAAAGCUAAUCUCACUGUCCUCCCGAUACGAUGGUGCGUACUUUUGUUUCAAGAUGAAUGUGUGUGUGUUUUGUUUUAAGGAUCUUUCGUAAGCAAUAAAGAUUAACAGUAUACUUCUUAA